AUGGUCUUAAAGGUCUCUUCCAACCGUUAUGGUUCUGUGAGGGCCCCGACAGGUGAGGAGACACCACCACCGGGAAAUAAUGCCGCAGAGAAACACCCCAUGGGCAUGUGGCUGGGUGCGAGGGACGCCGGGUGCCAUGCUGCAUCAUGGGGUGACAUGGCGCUGGGACGCGGUCAUGGUGCUGGGACGCGGCCCCGGCGCACGGUGCAGGGAGGGACUUGUUUGCACUGGGCGUGUAAACGGAACCAUGCUCCAGUGGUGGCUUUCCUGCUGCACGCCGGCGCUGACAAGGAGAUCCUCACCAAGAAAGGAGAAAGACCGUCCCAGUUAACGUCAAAGAGAGAGAUAAGGAAGAUGUUGGGAGUGGAAGAUGAUGAAAUGUCAGACUUAGCGAAAGAUUCAGAUCUGCCAAUCAUCCCUAAUUAUCUGGCUAACCCACCUUUCCCUUAUGUUUAUAACACCAUGAGUGACAGUAUCCCAGAUCCCGCCAUGAAUGGGAGUAUCUCACACUUAGAACCGCAAGAUACCAACUCUUCUUCUUUACCUGAUGCCGGGAGUUGCCCACGUGCAGCGUUACAGCGCGGGAACGCUGCUCUGGAGGCGGCUGGCAGGGGAGGGGUGCCGUCGCUGCCCAGGGGCUGCACCGCGCCACCACGCUCAACGCCCGUCCUUCAGGGAGGUCCGCUUUACCAGGGAGCUGUGUCUUGGAGCAGAAGUCCCCCUUCCCCUUCGCUGGCUGGAUCAAAUCAGUCCGUACCUCAGCAAGAGAACGGCUCCUGUAUGGGGCCCGUUCCAGCUUUUCAGCCCGUUUUCUUCACUGGAGCUUUCCCACUUAAUAUGCAAGAACUGGUGCUCAAAGUUAGAAUACAAAACCCUAAUCUUCGAGAAAAUGACUUCAUUGAAAUUGAACUGGACAGACAAGAACUGACCUAUAAGGAACUGCUCCGAGUGAGUUGCCACGAGCUGGGUGUUAACCCCGAGCACGUACAGAAGAUCAGAAAAUUACCAAAUACAAUGUUAAGAAAGGACAAAGAUGUUGCAAGGCUACAGGAUUUCCAAGAACUGGAGCUUGUUCUAACAGUAAGCGACAAAAACUUACUUUUCAGAGUCCCAACACUUUCUGAACGGAGUGGUUAUAACAAGAAGGCAUCAGAACUUACAUAUUAAUUGCUUAAAGAAUAAACCAAAAGAUUUGUAUCUCUCAUUUUAAAAUUACCUUUGAAAUACAGUAUCUCUAAGGGCUAAUGAUGUGAAAAAAAAUCUAUUUUGUUAACCUGGAAAUAAACUAAAGUUGUUAUGCA